AGGCAGCCUCAACUCAGCCCCAAGCCACUGCUCUCCCAUCCCGAUCCCUGGAAAUCCACCCACUUGGCUCAGCUCACCCUAACGCCAAGCCAUUGGGACCCAGUCUCCAGGGGCCUGAUUGUGGGUGACGGCCACUCCUGAGUGAACAAAGGUUCCUCCGCGUUGCUCUCCCGUCCAGAGCCCUGCUGAUGGGGAAGUCCGAAGGCCCCGUGGGGAUGGUGGAGAGCGCCGGCCAUGCAGGGCAGAAGCGCCCGGGCUUCCUGGAGGGGGGGCUGCUGCUGCUGCUGCUGCUGGUGACCGCUGCCCUGGUGACCUUGGGUGUCCUCUACGCCGACCGCAGAGGGAAGCAGCUGUCACCCCUUGCUAGCCGGCUGGGCUUCUUACAGGAGGAGAGGACCUUUGUAAAACGAAAACCCCGAGGGAUCCCAGAGACCCAAGAGAUGAGCGAGGUCUGCACCACCCCUGGCUGCGUGAUGGCAGCCGCCAGGAUCCUCCAGAACAUGGACCCGACCACGGAACCAUGUGACGACUUCUACCAGUUUGCAUGCGGAGGCUGGCUGCGGCGUCACGUGAUCCCUGAGACCAACUCAAGAUACAGCAUCUUUGACGUCCUCCGCGAUGAGCUGGAGGUCAUCCUCAAAGCGGUGCUGGAGAAUUCGACUGCCAAGGACCGGCCGGCUGUGGAGAAGGCCAGAACGCUGUACCGCUCCUGCAUGAACCAGAGUGUGAUAGAGAAGCGAGGCUCUCAGCCCCUGCUGGACAUCUUGGAGGUGGUGGGAGGCUGGCCGGUGGCCAUGGACAGGUGGAACGAGACUGUAGGACUCAAGUGGGAGCUGGAGCGGCAGCUGGCACUGAUGAACUCACAGUUCAACAGGCGCGUCCUCAUCGACCUCUUCAUCUGGAACGACGACCAGAACUCCAGCCGGCACAUCAUCUACAUAGACCAGCCCACCUUGGGCAUGCCCUCCCGAGAGUACUACUUCAACGGUGGCAGCAACCGGAAGGUGCGGGAAGCCUACCUGCAGUUCAUGGUGUCAGUGGCCACGAUGCUGCGGGAGGACGCAAACCUGCCCAGGGACAGCCACCUGGUGCAGGAGGACAUGGCACAGGUACUGGAGCUGGAGACGCAGCUGGCCAAGGCCACGGUGCCCCAGGAGGAGAGGCACGACGUCAUCGCCCUGUACCACCGGAUGGGCCUGGAGGAGCUGCAAAGCCAGUUUGACCUGAAGGGAUUUAACUGGACUCUGUUCAUACAAACUGUGCUAUCCUCUGUCAAAAUCAAGCUGCUGCCAGAUGAGGAAGUGGUGGUCUAUGGCAUCCCCUACCUGCAGAACCUUGAAAACAUCAUUGACACCUACUCAGCCAGGACCAUACAGAACUACCUGGUCUGGCGUCUGGUGCUGGACCGCAUUGGCAGCCUAAGCCAGAGAUUCAAGGACACACGAGUGAACUACCGCAAGGCACUGUUCGGCACGAUGGUGGAGGAGGUACGCUGGCGUGAGUGUGUGGGCUACGUCAACAGCAAUAUGGAGAACGCCGUGGGCUCCCUCUACGUCAGGGAGGCAUUCCCUGCAGAGAGCAAGAGCAUGGUCAGAGAACUCAUUGACAAGGUGCGGACAGUGUUUGUGGAGACGCUGGAUGAGCUGGGCUGGAUGGAUGAGGAGUCCAAGAAGAAGGCACAGGAGAAGGCCAUGAGCAUCCGGGAGCAGAUCGGCCACCCUGACUACAUCCUGGAGGAGACGGACAGGCGCCUGGACGAGGAGUACUCCAACCUGAACUUCUCAGAGGACCUGUACUUUGAGAACAGUCUGCAGAACCUCAAGGUGGGCGCCCAGCGGAGCCUCAGGAAGCUUCGGGAAAAGGUGGACCCAAAUCUCUGGAUCAUGGGGGCGGCGGUGGUCAAUGCAUUCUACUCCCCAAACCGAAACCAGAUUGUGUUCCCUGCCGGGAUCCUCCAGCCCCCCUUCUUCAGCAAGGAGCAGCCACAGGCCUUGAACUUCGGAGGCAUUGGGAUGGUGAUCGGGCACGAGAUCACGCACGGCUUUGAUGACAAUGGCCGGAACUUUGACAAGGAUGGCAACAUGAUGGAUUGGUGGAGUAACUUCUCCACCCAGCACUUCCGGGAGCAGUCGGAGUGCAUGAUCUACCAGUACAGCAACUACUCCUGGGACCUGGCGGACAAACAGAACGUGAACGGAUUCAACACCCUUGGGGAAAACAUUGCCGACAACGGAGGGGUGCGACAAGCCUACAAGGCCUACCUCAAGUGGAUGGCAGAGGGUGGCAAGGACCAGCAGCUGCCCGGCCUGGAUCUCACCCAUGAGCAACUCUUCUUCAUCAGCUAUGCCCAGGUGUGGUGCGGGUCCUACCGGCCCGAGUUCGCCAUCCAAUCUAUCAAGACAGAUGUCCACAGUCCUCUGAAGUACAGGGUACUGGGGUCACUGCAGAACCUGGCCGCCUUUGCAGACACGUUCCACUGUGCCCAGGGCACCCCCAUGCACCCCAAGGAGCGAUGCCGCGUGUGGUAGCCAAGGCCCCGCCGCGCUGCGCGGCCCACGACCAUCCGCUGCUCUGAGGCAUCUGUGCGGAGAAGGUGCAGCCAGCGGCAACCCAGCAUGUGUCCCGCCCCGGCCGACCAUGCCAAGCCUGCCUGCCAGGCCUCCGCACCUGGCCUAGGGUGCAGCCACCUGCCCGACACCCAGGGAUGAGGAGUGUUCAGUGCAGCACCUGGCCCAGAGUCCCCUCUACGGACACCCGCGGGGCUCAGCGCCCCCGUCACAGCCCUAUAGAGACGAUCAACUGUGUCCUGCCCACCCUCCAAGGUGCAUUGUCUUCCAAUAUCCACAGCUUCAGACUUGAGCUAAGUAAAUGCUUCAAAGAAAUCAGAGGCCUUACUUGUCUGGGAGGGACCAGGGUGGGCAGACAGGUGGCAGUGGCCUUGGGCACAACAGCUGCCCGGGGAUGGGGGGAGAAUGACAGCUGGGAGCUGAUGGGGAGGGAGCCAGUUCCAGUCAAGUCUUCUAGGGUCCAAUGCCAGGGCCAGCAGUGACCAGGAUGCCCCCAAGUGCCCACCCCAGGGACCACACAUUCAGAUGCGGGGAGCCCCACUGGGGUGUCGGGGGACCCAGAGAGCUGCAGCUGGGAACCUGACAUUUUAGCUUUGUGUAACUGAAAACCAGAGGAGGGGCUGAACCAAAGGGAUGCGGUGGGUCGCCUGCUAUGCAUUUUUAAAUGGCCACUGAGAGGGUGGGGUUGGGGCGGAAAGGGAGCUGGGAGACCCGCAGGAGCCCACAGUGGCCCCCAGGUUUGGACUAAGGAGUACAGGGAGGGCUGCGGUUGUCACCGGCCUGCAUGGGAGGGGAGGGCCUGAGCAGCUAGUCUGACCUGGGAGGUAAGGGGUUCUGCUCUGGGCCUGUUAGGAUCCCCAAGGAAAGGUGGCCAGGAAGCUGGAUGCACCUAACUGGGCUAAGACCCUCCCAGGCCGGCCGCCCCACAGGCCAUCCCCAGCAGGUGCAAACAAUGAUUCUGCCAUCAGUAAAGGGGCUGGGGGCAGGCUGGCCCAUCACCUGAGAGUCUCCAGGGUCCACCCACCCCACCAGGUGGAAUCAAGCCCAUCUCUGCCCUGAAAACCCAACUCUCCUGAGUGGCUCCCACCAGACACGACACUGACCCCGACCCUGCUGCAGCUGACCCCACACGCCUCUCCUGACGUGGGUUCAGGCCUGUCGCCUUUGAAGGGACUGACAGGGCAGUGAGGUUACCGUCCCCAGUGCCCCACAGGCCAAAGGCCCAAGGUCUCCAGAGACACUCGCAAAGCAGGAAGAUGACACCUGGGACUCACAGCUACCUUGGCCGCCCCGAGGGCUUCAACAGUGAGCGAGGCGGGAGCUAUGGAGGAUGCAGGGCUCAGCACUUGCGAAGCAGUACGUGGCCAGGAACUGC